UGCCAGUGUGUACGCGUUUUCGGCGAGAACGUACCAUUGCAAAACUAAACUUUCUGCAUAAAACAUAAAAAAACAUUAAACAAAUGAAAGACAUUGAAUUUUAGCAACUCCUUUAUGAGUUUGAGAAAACGUUGUGGUGCAUACGUUGAAUUUAAAGUUAGCACUUUGUAUUUGUGUGUGUGUAAGAAGCCAAAAAGACCGUAGGCGAAAGAGGGGCGCAGGCGAAGAGAAAAUGUCACGCAAAGCAGCAGCAGCAGCAGAAAAAGAGUGAAGAAAUUACAUUUGGGGGAAGGAAAAGCGCAUGAAAACUCAACAAUAACAAUAUUAAAAGACUCUGUGUGUGCAAAAAGGCGCAAUUCCAAUGACAAUGCUUAUCCCAAAAUCGAAAUUGUGUUGAAAAAUAAAGCGAAAUCGAAAAUACGAAAUUGUUGUUGUUGUGUAGUUGUGUAGUUGUAACUCGGGCAGGCAGACACCUGCAAGUGCAAGGAGGAGCGAUGAAAACAACUGAACUGGUCCUGGGGAGGCGCCUAACUACUACUGUUCUCGUCCAGUUCUGUUCUCGUUCUCGUUCUUUGGUUUGAAUGUCGUCGUCGUCGGUUAUUGAAUUGGAACUCAGUUGCAACAGGAACUGGGACUGGGACUGCGAUUGCGAAUUGUGCAUCUCUCGCUGGCACAAUGCAAAGCUUGGACUCAUCAUGCCAAGAAGCAGACUUCAUCAUAAAUGACACGCUCAAGAAGCUAAAGGGCGAUAACCCACUAAAUGCGAGUGCUCCGGGCUUGUCCCAUGCCGUUGGCUCGGCCAUUCAACAACAACAACAACAGUUUGUUUACCAAGCGACCCAGAGCUCACCACAGCCGAAUGCACAGGCACAGGGUCAGUCACAACAACAGUCACUGGGACAACAGCAACAUCAGCAGUCGUACCAUCAGUUACACACCGUGCUACAGGCCGCAUGUUCACCCACGCUUGCCAUCAACAGCCAACAGCAGCAGCAGCAGGUGUCGCCUGCUCCAGUCACUGUUAGCUUUCCAACGAGCAGCAAAUCGUUUCUGGAGACGAGUCUGCUGCAAGCGAUACCUCAAAUACCAGCGCAACCGCCGAUCUGCAUAUUCGACGAUGACGAGUCGCCCACUGAACUGCCCCCGGGGGGUGGCAACAUUGUCAUACUCACAGAGCAGACGCACGUCAGCCACAACGCAGCCUCAACGCCCAGCGGCUUGCCGUGUACGGCAAUUACGAUAGCACCUUCACCUUCAUCAUGCUCCUCCUCAACGACGACGCUGUCCAAUUUCAACUCGAUCACGUCGCCGUCGCCGGUAGUUCCUGACCUGCUGUUGUCAACACCGCCGGGUGUCAAUUCCAGCUUAAACAACAAUAGCACGCCCUCCUCCACCACUGCACAUAUUUUUCAGCACCUGCAGCAAUCACACAGCAGUAACAACAAUAACAAUAACAGCAACAACAACAACAACAACAAUAAUAAUAAUAACAAUAAUAAUAGUAAGAAGGCUGAUAGGCGACCACCCUCUAGCAGUUCAAACGCAUCAUCUGGCAGCGGGAGCGGCAGCAGUCAUCACCACCAAAAUCACCACCUGCACCACAACCACCAUGUGCUAUCAUCGCCAGCAUCAUCGCCCAGCAAACGACAGAAAAGCAGCUGCAGCAGCAGUAGCAGCAACAAGGAUUGCAGUUCCUCUAGUCGCAAUACAGCUCUAACAUCUGCAUCAUCACGUGCUGGUUACAAUAAUAUCAUUAAUGCCAGCAGCACUCAGGGCACCUCCACCACCUCCACCUCUACUAAGCGGGAAACGACCACAAAGUUCAUGAAUAUACACGACAAAAUUAAGGAGCUAUACCUACAACUGCUCGGGAACGAUCUGAACCACUUUGCGGAAACGGGGCUGAAGCAACGAAGUCGCUCUUUUAUUUUGGAGCGCCUGGUCGAGAGUGAGCGAUUAAACACGAUUGUGGUGAACCUGUAUCCCGGCAAUAAAGGCUACUCCCUGGCACUGCACUACGAUGAGCAAUUAGUGCUUAACCCGGUCACAAAUGAAUGGAUUGUCGCUGAACCCGCCCACUAUCAUGGCAUCCACGGCAGUGAGAGCACCUUCGACAAGAGCAGCACUAGCCGAAACAAGGCGCAGGCAGAGAGGGAGAGAGAUGGUGAUGGUAGUAGUAGCCAGCUCAGGACCAAGUCGAGGCUGGCAGAGAGCGAUUCAACUGGGGACUCAGCGUCGGCGCCAGUGUCAUCCAACUAUGGCUUGGUGGAGGUACUGCGUUGGCCGUAUGAAAACGAUUUGCUGUUGCAAUGCAUUGACCGAGAGCUGCUGCCAGAGUUUCUCAUGGAUCUGCUGAGCGCCGAUACCGUCAGCCUGAACUCGCCCCAGGAUGGCAGCGAAGGGUCACGAGUAUAUGCCAAGCCCAGCGUAUUUUAUGCUGGUUGCGUUAUUGCGCAAAUUCGCGAUUUUCGCCAGACUUUUGCCACCUCAACCAAUAUCUGUGAUAUGAAACACAUCCUGCUGCGGCCCAGCAAUGCCACGCUAUUCGCGGACGUGCAGCAGCUAGGCAGUUCGCUGGGCUGGGCUGCCUCAACGCCAGAGGAUCGUCUGGCGUUGGAAAGUCAACUAGUGCUGGCCACCGCGGAGCCGCUUUGCUUGGAGCCAGACCCUAGCAUCGGGCGACAAGCCAUCAAUGCGCAGCACGAACGCCAGCGUUUCAAUUCGCACGAAAUGCGCCGCCAGAUGAACAAAUUCACCCAGGUGGCCAUCAACCGCAAACGCAAACUGGAUCAGUUCACACAUCACAAGGGGCUCGAACUCUGCGACUAUCUAACACGUCUCCGCCAGCGACCACGCACCUCCAGCAACAGUACUGCGAAUGCGACUCCUGCAACGGCACCCAGCAACAAUCCGCUUGGUGGCGUCAUGCUCUCCUCAUUCACUUCAAAAGUACCGCGACGGCCGCACGAAGUCAUUCGACCCAUACGACCGCCGUGCCUCGAGUAUCCGGCGAAUCUAAAGGUUCCCGAGCAUGUGAUCAGCGUUGAAAAGUAUGCCAAGACUUUUGAGCCGCUUAACGAGUUCAGUGAUGCGUGCAAGGAAGGCUGCCAGCCAAACUGUCGCCACAACUUUCAGCCGCAGCUCAUCGAGGAAUAUGUUCUGGAGACGGAGCGCGAAGCGAGCGAGGGCAGACGAGCCCUCUACCACAUCAAAUUGUCCAUCUACCAGCGUCCCUCCGACGCAGAAUACCUCGGUGAGCUGUACGUGGAUCGCGACUAUCGCGAGGGAGAACGCAAUGGUGAAUCAUGCCGCUUUGCGUUGGGCACUCGUGUCCAUGCGAAUCGUUAUAUUCAGCAAUUCCGCGAGAUAUUCACUGAGGAGGGACGCAAGGCAGUUAAGAUCACUCAUCUGAUACCCGGACAUGUGCCAAUUGUUACCCACACUGGGCUAACGAAUGAGCAGCGAUUACUACUGCAGCAGCAACAACAACAGCAGCAGCACCAACAACAACAACAGCAGCAACAACAACAGCAGCAACAACAGCAGCAGCAGCAACAACAGCAGCAACAACGACAGGUUCAGUUUACUCAACAGCAGCAACAAUUGCCCGCCACAGUGCACCAUGUGGCGCAAUCGCAUCCGAAUGUUGUACUUCCGCGGCAACAGAUUGUCACCAAGACAGUCAACAACGCAAUCAACGUGCACCAAAGUUUUCGUCAGCAACAACAGCAACAGCAACCAAUUGCCACCACUCAGUUUAAUGUUGAUGGUACAUUGCAACUGCAACAGCAGGCACAACUCGUCACUGGGAACAAUGCCAUCUUACAGCAGUCGUCCCAACAACAGCAGCAGCAGCAGCAACAUAUACAACUGCUUACAUCCAGUGGAAACGCGUCUGCAACGACCACCCACCAGGUGAGCUUAAGCAACGGAUCGCUGGUACUGGUACAGCAACAACAGCAGCCUCAACAACAACAGCAGCAGCAGCAGCAACAACAACAACAGUUGGCCACAACGCUGCAGCACUCAGGAAUCACAAUACAACCAGCCAACAUGCAACAGCAGAAAUCUGUUGCAACCGCUCAGUUAAACACGGCCAUUGGCGCCAAUUCCGCAUUGCGUGCCCAGCUCAACUCCAAUGUGCCAAUUCUCCAAUCCCAGCUGAAGUCUGCUCCAGUCGUGAGUUCACAACAUCAACUACUGCAGAAGCAACAACAGCAGCAGCAACAUCAAAUAACCACCACAAAUAAUAAUACCAUCAGCAACAAUAACAAUAACAACAACAACAAUAAUAGUAAUAAUAACAAUAACAACAAUAGUAACACGGCAAUCCAUCCAAAUCCCGCAAUCAACGCCAUAGUCACCAGUAUCAUGAACUCUGCCAACCAAUACCAACAGCAACAACAACAACAGCAGCAACAGCACCCCGGCAACACACCAAUUCCCACCAGCAACAGCAACGUGACGACAAACAUCAAUAGUAGCAGUGGCAGCAGCGGAAAUCCAGCGACAACAACUCUCAAGAAUUCGGGCAACGCGUCCAUACUGAACCUGCUGAAUAGUGCUCCUGCAGCCAUGACAAGCACACCGGUUGCCAGUGGCACCUUCACAACCUCGUCCACGGGGCAGCAGCAGACGCUAACAUUGGUGCAGCAUCAGCAGCAACCAGCACCCAACACUGCAGAUGCAACAACGGCCACGUUUGUGCAGACGACUCGUGGAGCUCCGACGCUUGUGAGCGCACAACGGAAGCAGCCUUCCAGCGAGGUACUGCAGAACCUGCUGAACGCGAACCGUAAGAUUAACAUUGUUGGCGCUGGCGGAGCAACCACGUUUCGCACUAACUCAGCGGGUAAUCUUAUAGCCGUCAAUCUGAACCAGGCACAGGGUCAAGUGCAGGUCCAGGGUCAAGCAGGUCAGGCACAACAGCAGUCCUCCGACGUGAGUCAAACGGUGCGUGUGUCCAUGUCGGCGCUCGCAUCGCAGCUGGCCUCGCCGCCUGCUGUGAUGACGAAUCCAACAACCAGCUACGGCGCGUACACGGUCAGCACGGGCGGAGUCUGCGGCAGCCUCAAAAUACUCAAUACGGGCCAACAGCAGCAGCAACAGCGUAUAUUGAGCUCACUGCGAAGGGAUAGCACUACUGCGCCGCCAAAUGCCAUAGUAGUGGGGAUGGCGGCGCCUUCACCGGGUAGCGACUCGAAUGCAUCAAAUGCAAGUGGAUUCGCGGUGCCCACCAACCUAACAUCUACAACUGGCGGUGGCAGUGGGACGCUUAAUGCGCUGCUCACCAAUGCGACGACGCCCUCGCCAUCCGGCUCGGAUCACUCGCAGUCAUCGCAGACGCAUCAGAACCAGGUGCUGCUCGACAGACUGAGCAAUGUGACAUCCAAUGUGUCAGCAGUGGCCAUGCCGCACAUGUCGCCGCAACAAGCGCAAGCGACACAGCAACAACAACAGCAGCAGCAGCAAUUCAUUACCAAGACAUUAGUGCACUCGCCCGCCACCUCAUCCAUACACUCACCGAUGUCUAGUCCGCAUCCGCAGCCGUCAGCCUCUCCUCAGCAGCAACAAACUACUGCCACGCUUAACCUACAGGGCAUUAAUCUGUCGCAGCUUCAGGGUGCCAUGGCAAAUUUUGCUGGUCUGCAAAACGUGCAAGUGCAGAUUCCAGGCUUCACGCAGCCCAUUUCCCUGCAGUUCUCCGGCAACAAUCUUCAAGCACCGGUUCAAGUGCAGCAGCAGCAACAGCAGCAGGGCACGGGUGCAGGCGGUACGACGGCUGGAGCUUUGACGCAAGCGCAGACACAGCAGCGCAGUGUGCUGGUCUCAGUGCCCGUAUCGACGCAGCAACAGCAGCUGUCGCAUACCAUCACCUUGCAGACACAACCGUCGCCCCAGCAGCAACAACAGCAACAGCAGCAGAUUCAACAUGCACCGCCCACGGGUACAAUCGUAAGCCUACCCUCAACGGUGGCUGGAACACAAACGGUGGUUAUUACAAAUAAUACAGCUGGCGGCGGUGGAGGAACCGGCGGCAAUGCCAGCGGGACAGGAGCCACAACGGCUAUGCUUACGCUGCCCAUUGCUCAAAUAGUCGGUGCCGGAGUACAGAAAUUAAAUCCUCAAACAAUACGUACCUCAAGCGGUGUUGUCGCGUCCACGGCCGCCACAGCCAUCCAGCCGCGAGCACGCAACGUUCAGGUUGUGGGAACGAAGCAGAUGGCCAGCAGUCGACAGCUGCUCACCGCGCAACGCCAGAUCGGUGGUUCCACAUUGAAGAUUGCGACAACACCGGUUAAUGCCAAUGCAGUGACCAGUAGCACAAGUCUCAGUGCAGGGCCAAUUGUGAUGUCUGCGCAGAAGCUUCAGCUGAAGACCGUUAAGGCGACGACGCAGCAGCCACAGCAGCAGCAACAUCGAAUACUCAACCAGGGCACCGCCUCAGCCGCCUCCCAGACGCUGCCUAGCCCCAGCCAGGUGCAGCACCAACAGUUGCAGCACAUACAAAUCGCUGGCCGCUCGGCUGCGACAAGUGCGGGUGUCAUGAACCAACGUACACUGACGGCGUUGGCGGCGGCGAAACAACAACAACAGGCAGCAGUCAAUCGACGGCGUUCCACCACCGAUGCAACCAAGUAAACCAAGUAGUGGCGCUGAGUUACCAAUCGAGAGUAGGGAAAAGAGAGCAGCAUCUCCGUCUCCUAGCUUCAAGUAGAUGCAAUGGGCGCAGUACUUGCUACUGAAGUAUGCAAUUAAUACAGACGCACUAUUCAUUUUUGUUAAUUGAGUUAAUUGAGGAGAGAAGACAAGUAAUAAGGCUACGCGUUGUGUAUUUGCAUGAUAUUAUAGUUUAUGGUUACAACUUAUAAAUAGCACUAAUAGCAUACAUUGCAUAACCAUAUAUCUACAUGUAUUUUGAUGUGUAUAAUUGUAAGUGUAAAUUGUUUGGGCUGAUGUACUGGUAAAGCUGCAUGAGAUCAACAUAGCAGCUCAUUUCAAUUUACAAUUAUUGCUAAUAAACUGGAGUUAGCUGAAGUCUCAACUAGGAAGCCAUCGCCGAUGGAGAUGAUGAUGAGUGUGUCCCUUGCAGAAUAUUCUGCUAAAUUACAAAACGAAUUAGGUGUAAAGCUCUUAUUAAUUAAUAUUUAUCUAAUUGUACAUAAUAAUUGUUUCAUAUAUAAACGUGCGCCGAAACGCCAUGUCAAUAAUGUCUAUCAAUUUGGCUCUUCAACUCCAAUUUGUUACACCUUAAGUCUAAUUACGUAAGCGUGCGUGCUAACUUUAAGCUUAAAUAGUAAGGCAAAGACGCCCUCACAAAACAAAACAAAACAAAAAGGAAACAAAAAACAAAGCAAAGCAAUAAUAAGAUGAAAAGAAAUUGUAAAAUUGAUUGUAAAACAGAAAAUGGCUAAUUAUUACGAUUUGAAUUAGUUACAAAGGUAUGAACAGGUGUAAUGGUUCAUAUUAAUAUAAAUAUAAAUAUACAUACAUAUGCAUAUUGUACUAUUAUUAUUAUUAUUAUUAAUACUACUACUAUUAUUAUUAUUAUCAAUAUUGCUUAUUAUUUAAUUGCUUAACUUAAUUUAAUUUAAAAUAAAAUCCCAUUUUAGUUUGUAUUCAACCCAAUUACAACAAAAACUAAGCAAAACAAAUUAGUACUCGUACUUCCAAUUGCAAUUUACAUUUUACAAAAAAAAAAAUUUACAAAAAAAAAACAACAAAAAUCGAACGCAAAAGUCAAACAAAUCAUAUUAAAAAAAUUAAAAUUUAUUUGUAAUAGAGCAAUGUAAUACGAAUCGAAAUGAAAGUAAAUAAGCUACAGUUAGUUACCAUUUGUAAAUUAGCUUCAACAAAAUAUAUAUGAUUAAACAAAUUUUGUUUUUUUCACUAAGCCCGUUCUUUGUAGCAUGAAAUAAUUUAUUUAAGUAACUAUUUUAAUUAUGUUACGACUUUUGCUGUAAUUGUAAUAGUUUGGCAUCGUUUGCUUUUGCUGUACAACAUAAAAUGCCUAUAUAAUACAAAAUACCCUAUAAAAUAACGUAAAAUAUAUAUAAAAAAAAAGAGAAAAACUGAGGUCCCCAACUAUACACACGCAUACACUCAAGAAUAAUUUACUCAAUGUUAAUAUUAUUAAUAAUAAUAAUAAAUGUGAUUUAAGAAAGAAAACAUGGUACUACCUAAAAAUUAUAAAUGUUACGAUAAACCAGGUAGUCAGGGCAGGAAUUGCGCACGAAUCCGUGUCUGGAGUAGCUCCAGAUCAAAUGUGAAUGAAAUAUAAAAUUUUAAAGAUAAAGAUAAUUACACAAAAGUAAUGCAAAUCAAUCCGAAAAGCAGCAUAAGCUAUUAUAUACCUAUUAACAUAAAUGUAACUUCAAUUCAAUAACUGCUUAUCUAAUUACCUGACGUAGAAUCUUUUCAUUUAAAGUAUUCAUAAAACUGAUUACGUUUAAAGACAAAAGAUAAUUACUUUCGAGAACUGAAAUUAAAGGCCCGAUAAAAGUCACUCGAUGGUGGAUAGUAAGCAAAUGCAUCCAAGAAAGACUUCUAAUAAAUCAAAUAUAAAACAGU